AUGGCCGAGCACAAGCUGCCCUGGCGCCAGUUCGUCAUUCUCUCACUAUGCCGCUUUGCCGAGCCCAUCGCGCUCACGAGCGUGUUUCCCUACCUGCCUGAGAUGAUUGAGUCCUUUGGCGUGCCCAAGAACGAGAUCGCGAAAUGGGCCGGCGCCGCUUCCGCCAUCUUCAGCCUGGGCCAGUGCCUGACGAGCAUAUUUUGGGGGAGGGCCUCGGACACGUAUGGGCGCAAGAAGAUCAUCCUGCUGGGUCUGUUCAACACCAUGGUCACCAGCUUGGUGUGGGGCUUCUCCACCUCGCUGCCCAUGGCCUUGGUCGCCAGGGCCAUCCAGGGCGCCGGCAACGGCAACGUCGGCAUCUUGCGCACAAUGGUCGCAGAGCUGUGCCCGUGGAAAGAACUGCAACCGAGAGCGUUCAGUAUCAUGCCUUUGGUCUACAACAUCGGGAGCGUCUUCGGCCCGGCAAUUGGUGGAGCGCUGUCGAACCCUCUUGGCGUUGAUGUCACGAAACCUCGCGGUGACUCGUUCUUCGAGAAAUAUCCCUUUGCCCUUCCGAACAUUGUCGGCGCUCUGCUCUUCCUCACCGGCAUCAUUACCGGCAUUCUUUUUCUUCAUGAAACGCUAGAAAGCAAGAAAGACGAAACAGACUAUGGUUUGGUACUGGGCGAAAAGCUCAAUUCUGCCGUCUCCAAUCAAAUCGUGCGGGCGAAGAACGUGUGGCACAAAGCCAAGGGCGAAGAGACGGAGCCACUUCUCAAGCACGUCGAUUCCACGACCAAUCAGGACGAUGACCAAACGAAUGGCGAUACGCGCAAGCCGACGGAGCAGAGCCCCGUCACGGUCCGUGAAGUACUUUCGGUGCAAUCCGUGACCAAUUUGGUCAUAUAUACUGUCUUGGCCAUGCAUUCCAUCGGUUAUGACCAGCUCCUUCCUGUCUUUAUGCACCAUCCCGCUCACCCCUCUGAUGGUUCAUCGUACAGCCCGGCCAACCCGCUCAAGUUCUCCAACGGCUUCGGCAUCAAGUCGAAGAACAUCGGCGCCAUGUUCACUUUGUAUGGUGCGCUCUGCUUCCUCUACCAACUCUUCUUCUUCCCGCCGCUCGCCCGGCGUUACGGUGUCCUGCGCUGCUUCCGCGUUGUCUCGCUCAUCUUCCCUGUCGUCUUCCUGAUCACCCCUUUCACCGCGCUGCUCCCAGACCAGACGUCGCAACAGGUUGUCAUGUUCGUGAUCAUGAUGAUCAAGGGUUGCUGCACAACAUUCGCAUUCCCCUGCAGCACCAUUCUUCUGACCAACAGCGCUCGCUCGCUCCGCGUGCUUGGGACGCUCAACGGCAUCGCAACGUCCGUAUCUGCAAUAGGUAGAGCUGCCGGACCGGCUGUCGGUGGUAGUCUCUUCACUCUCGGCGUCAAGCACGGCUACGUCAUCGCCCCAUUCUGGAUGUUCACUGCUAUUUCCAUAGUCGGCGCCGUGCCAGCCUUUUUCCUCGUCGAGGGUAAAGGGUUUGGCCCGGAUGACGAGGACGAGGAUGAGACGUCGGGAGACGAUGAGAGCAUCCCAGCCAAGGGCGGCUCUUCGUCGAGACGACCUUCUAGAGCAGGGGCGGAUGGCGAUGAGGAGAACAAUGACCGCGUCGGAGAGCUGCUCAGCCGCACCACGACGUACUCUUCGAUCGCAUCUGCAGCAAUCAGCGAUACGGACGACGAGGCGAUUGGCAGUCCAAUCAGCUCGAGCUUGCCAGCCGAGGCGCCUCAUCGGCCGUCACAUCCCAGCAGAACGCCGUCGGGACGAGUGCAAACGGUAAGGAGGAGGACGAGUGUGCCCAUCGGUAUGAGCGGGACUGGCUUGAGGAGGUACAGCUCGAAUCUGGGUGUAACUAGGGAUGGAUACGGAACAGGGCAGAGUUGGGGUGGUUGA